AAAAUAUUCAAUUGUAGAAAAACUAUAGUUGUUUAGUUAAGUUCAACAAGUCUUUGUACAUAGCACGUCUUGUUGCCUCUCUACGACUAUUUUGAACUAUAAUGGUUUCUUGUUGUUCUUCAUGAAUUUUAGUUACUUUCAGAUUAUGCUGAUCAUCAUCGUCACUCAUACAAUCAUCAGAUUGUUUUGUUUGAGGGAUGUUCAGCGUUGCAAACAAAUCCGUGGUUGAAUUUGGCUGAUGUUGGAAAGAUCGGUUCUUUUUUCUGAUAGGAAACUGCAAUUUAUUUUCUCGUCUAUAUAGUGUAAAAGAUAUUUUGGCUCGUUUGGUUUUUCGAACGAUCACCGAUGGUAUAAGAAGAUUCAAACUUUUUUAGAUAUCGCGUUGAUUUUUUUGUUGAUACCACACUUGUCGUGAUAUUUCGCUCUGUCAAGGCUGAAUUUUCGGCUCGAUACUUUACCUUUGUUUUUGAAGACAUUUUCGGCACUCUUUUACUCGGAUAAUUUCUAUAUUGAGAUCUAUCAAUUUCUAAUUCGACUUUGUCGCUAUAUUGUUCCACUUCUUUCAUGCAAUCUACUGACAUUUUUCGCAGCGCGAAAGAAUGAUUCUUUCGCCGCGAAACUGUCAGUAGAUUGCAUGAAAGAAGUGGAUGUACGUGUCACCGUUGUUAUCCAGAAAUUUUAAAGGCUUGUUCGAUCAAAACUGACCGGAAAUUCGUCUUUUUGAUAGUCGAUUACAGGGUUCUGAAAUUCGGUGACUAAUGGGGUAAGCUAUAAGUUUUAUAUUGGGAUAUUUUAGAAAAAAUUUGCGACAAUUUUUCAAUCUGCUGAUUUCUGGCUGUGCAACAUGUGCAUGCAACAAAUUGUCUAACAAUACUAAGAGAGUGCACACUUCUAAGGAAUCUUUUUAACCGAUGGAGUGGUUUUUGUAUACUCUUGUAUAGUAUGAGGAAGAGAAUAGAAAUCGCUAUUUUCUUUUUAGGUCAUUCCCAUUAGCGACGAUAUUCAGUAGAGUCCGCUAAUUUACCGGAGAUUGAAAAUCAGUUUUGAAAUAAAUUUUUACUAGGAUUUUGAGAAAGUGUGAAGAAGAUGAACGUUUCACUGUCUAAGACAAAUCCAAAUAGUCGAAGGUUAAGCCUGUUCGGUGUCGUUUAUACAUUGGUCCAUUAUCACUGCCUAUCAUUGUAUAACAAGUUGGUUUGUCGUAUAUGAGAUGGCAAUCUUCUGCUCAGUUAGACAUUCUUCUGAGUAAAAUAAAAACAGAUUUGGAAUUGUUUUGAGCUUUCAUCGUUAGUGCCGUAUUCAUCUACUUGAGUCUCAAACAUGUAUCAAUCGCUAGUAUUUCUGGUUGCUUUGUUUGUUAUUAGUCAGUGUAGUACUGAUUAUUUCGUCGAAAAAUUCAACGGUGAGAAUCAACACUGAAAUACUGUAGGACUCAGUGUUAAUUACUUUUGCUCUUGUUAGAUGGUGAUAAGUGGACAAAACGAUGGGUCGAAUCAACAGCAAAGGGUGAACAACAAGGCAAAUUUAAACUAACUGCCGGAAAGUUCUAUGGAGAUAAAGAAAAAGAUAAGGGUAUUCAAACAUCAGAAGAUGCAAGAUUUUACGGUGCAUCAGCCAAAUUCGACAAUUCAUUUUCAAACGAAGAAAAAACAUUGGUGAUUCAAUUUACAGUUAAACACGAACAAAAAAUCGAUUGUGGCGGUGGUUAUAUCAAGGUUUAUCCAUCAGAUGUUGACCAAAAGAAUCUUCAUGGUGAUUCUCCAUAUCUUAUUAUGUUUGGUCCUGAUAUUUGUGGUUAUAGUACGAAAAAAGUUCAUGUUAUUUUCACAUACAAGGGAAAAAAUUUAUUGAUUAAAAAGGAUAUCAAAUGCAAAGAUGAUGAAUUGACACAUUUGUAUACAUUGAUACUUAAACCUGAUAAUACCUAUAUCGUGAAAAUCGACAAUGAGAAAGUAGAAAGUGGAACAUUAGAAGAGGAUUGGGAUUUCACACUACCAAAAACAAUCAAAGAUCCAUCGGCAUCAAAACCAUCCGAUUGGGACGAUAAUGAAAAAAUUGAUGAUGCGAGUGAUGUGAAACCAGCCGAUUAUGAUAAACCGGAACAUAUUCCAGAUCCAGAAGCUAAAAUACCAGAAGAUUGGGAUAACGAGAUUGACGGAACUUGGGAACCACCAAUGAUGGAUAAUCCAGAAUAUAAAGGUCAAUGGAAACCGAGACAAAUUGAUAAUCCAGCAUAUAAAGGCGCAUGGGUACAUCCAGAAAUCGAUAAUCCAGAUUAUGUUGAAGAUAAAAAUCUUUAUUUAUUCCAAGAUAUUGGUGCUAUUGGAUUCGAUUUGUGGCAAGUGAAAGCUGGAACAAUAUUCGAUAAUAUUUUGGUUACUGAUGAUGAAAAACAUGCAGAAGAUUUUGGAAAUGAAACUUGGGGAAAAACAAAAGAUCCAGAAAAAAAGAUGAAAGAUGAACAAGAGGAAGCUGACCGAAAGAAAGAAGAAGCCGAACGUAAAAAGAGAGAAGAAGAAGAGAAAACGAAAGAAUCAACCAAAUCAGACGAUAAUGAUGACGACGAUGAAUCCGAUGAUACAAAAACAGCGGAGAAAGAUGAAUUGUAA